GUCAAGUCGAUGUACCUGUACGGUAACUUAUCGACAGUUGGAAAAGUCUACCCAUAGUGCAAAUCAAUCUCAGGCUGUUUGAACCAUGAACGUUAUUGCUUACGCUUUCCUACUCAGUCUGUUAUUUUCAACYGUUGACGGAUUUUCCUUCGUCUUGAUGGGGCGGAGAGGAAAGGGAGAUCUGAAACGAGCUUUGAGUGGYAAUGAUGGACAAUCCAAGAGACGAGGAAAGAAUCAAGACCCAACUGCAGCAAUGAAUGAUGGUAAAGGGCAAGAAAUAACCGGUGUUUCUCUACCGGAGGAAGGGACUAUCAAGGGAUGGGAAUUUGGCGACAAAAAGGUCGUGGCGUGUGCGAAUGUUCGUGGCGAGUUCUACGCCCUACAGGGAGAUUGUCCUCGAUGUUCCUUCGAUCUGUACAGAGGAGAUUUGAUCGUGGACGACCCCGGAUUUGAGGACCUGCCUCGUGUAGCAUGCCCAACAUGUUCUACGACCUUCUCGCUGAAAACAGGGCUCUAUGGACCCCCGCUAAAACGAACAGGUCUAGCUGGCUUUGUCAGUGGUCUCGCCAAAACCGCAACCGCAAAUCAAGAGAGAAAUGCAGACGCAUAUACGAUUACUGUGGAUCCUGAGACCGGGCGUGUUUACAGCAAAAAGAAAGUGUUGCGCAAGGUAUAUUAAGUAGAGCUGAUGUGGUGAAUUUUGUUUGAUGACACAAUUAUAGCAUCGUAGGUUCAACUUCAAGAAUUUAAGACACAAUAAACUACAUAUAUUAAG